CCGUUAAUGAUGCAGUUUCCGUCCGGCGGUUGGUCGCUCAAAAAAAAUUGAGAGCAGCGCGCAUGCGCACACCGUGGGCUCGUGAUGGUAUUUGCGCAUGCACUCCAAUUCCACCGGGAUGUUGCGGCUGGUGAGGACAUGGCGCCAAGCAUACUGGCAAAAGGGGAUCAGCACUCAACCUAUUCCAACAACUAGUAACACUUCUGAUAUGCCAAUAAAGUUAGAAAAUCCUUACAAAGAACCUCCCAAGAAGUGCAUUCUGUGUGGUGUUUCAGUGGACUACAAAAACGUACAGCUUUUAUCCCAGUUUAUAUCUCCAUAUACUGGCCGCAUUUUUGGGAGACACAUAACAGGCUUGUGUGGAAAGAAACAAAGAGAAAUUUCCAGGGCCAUCAAAAAAUCCCAGCAAAUGGGAUUUAUGUCAGUCACAUUGAAAAAUCCUGCUUUCCUGAAGGAUCCAAACAUUUGCGAUUUCAAACUUUGGGAAUAAUCCUCAAUCUGUAACUAUUUAUGGUACAAUGCUCCGGAGUUUCUCAAUUAUACUUCGAGUCAAUAAAGUGGAUUAAAUGCUGAUGCACGGGAAGAUUUAUUCAGCAAAAAUACACUUUCAAUGCAAAAGAGAAUGUGUUUGAGGUAUUUGCAGCUAGAAGAUCCACUGUAUACAGCUGCUUUGCAACUUUUGUAUGGAGAGAAAGCGGCACCCUGGUUUCACUUCUAAAUGGCUUAGCUCUAAUUUUAAAAUUAGGCACUGACAUUCUGGGAUCUCUAACUGUGGAUACAACUUUUCUAUAUUACCCUAUCAAUUCCCUUCAUUUUAAACACCUUGAUAAGUUCAAGGAAUAGAAGUCAAGUUACUGCAACCUGUUUAAUUAUUUGUGUGCAUGGACAUACCUUUGCCACUCCACAGCUCCUAGUUUUCUCACCGUUUAGAAAACGUUCUCAGAUCCAAAGUGAAUAACCUCAUAAUGAACUCCACCUGCCAGUUUGCCUGCCAUUGAUUUGUCUGUGUCCCUUUGUAACUUGCUCCUCCCAUCCACGUAACUUAAUGUAUCUUGGUCCUUUUGAAAUAAACGUCCAAACUUUAAAA